AUGGCGACAAAUUCAAGUAGCCAGUAUAUUGGUAAAAUUGCAUCACUCAUUUCGACUGCGAACAUUCGUUAUGAAGGUACAAUUUACAUGAUUAAUAACGAUACGAUUACUCUGAAAAACGUGAGAAUAUUCGGAACAGAGGAUCGCAAGUGUGAAGUGUUCAUUGGUGUAGUGGUGGAUAUCAAACCUGUCAUCUCUUUCAACAGGUCUGGUAUUCAAACGAUCAGCCUUAUUCCCCAAUAUAGUUUCUUCGACCCUAGUAUCGCGGACCAGACUCCCGCUGCUAUGUCUUCUGAAAUGUCUGGCAAUGUUAUGCCGAAAGGUCCGAUGAACGCUCCGAUGCCCAUGCAAAGACCUGCGAAUCGCGACUUUUACCAAGGCAAUUACUACCGCAAUAUGCCUGGAGGCAUUCCAGAUCCCCUGGAAGAGCCAAUAAACAACGAUUUCGAUUUCGAGGAGUCAAACAAGAAGCUGGAGAAGGACGUGGAGGCAAUCGAGUCUUCCUCGCCUGCUUACAAGAAGGACGACUUUUUCGAUAGUCUGCAGGAGCGAAGUGAGGAGAGAGAGAUGAUUCUGGGCCGUCAUUAUCGCGGACGAGACGAAGAAACGUUCGGCAGACGCUCGCUGGAUGAGCGAAACCGCGAGAAUCGCAAGAAUUAUCGCUAUCAGAACUCCGCUCCGAACUAUGGACAGAACCGAGCCAGCUUCCAGAAGGGACAAAGCUGGGGACGUCGCGGCAACUUCUACAAGCAGACGAUGCCGCCUCCAUCCGGAAGAUUUGAGAGAGAUGUGAUGCCUGGAAAUUUGUAA